AGGUUUGCGCGCCUGCGGCAGUGCAUGGAGGCCUUCUGGACCCUGCCCCGGCCCCCACCCCGCUCCCCCAAGGCUGCCGAGCAGUUAAUGCGGCACGUUAAGAAGCUGCGUCUGGAUCAGGACUCAGGGAGUUGGGACAGCUUCUCUCUGGACGCCGAGGGCCAGGACCGGGCAAGGAUGGCCGCCGGGGAGCCUGGCGCCACGGUGGCCAUGGAGGAGCCGUCGGCCCGCUUCCAGGUGCCCAAGCGCUCGUGGGAGGAGCUGCGGACCAUCAUCCACGGCAGCCGCAAGAACUCGGGGCUCAUCGUCAACAAGGCACCCCACGACUUCCAGUUCGUGCAGAAGACGGACGAGACGGGCCCCCACUCACACCGCCUGUACUACCUGGGUAUGCCGUACGGCAGCCGCGAGAACUCCCUGCUCUACUCCGAGAUCCCCAGGAAGGUGCGGAAGGAGGCGCUGCUCCUCUUGUCCUGGAAGCAGAUGCUGGAUCACUUCCAGGCCACGCCCCACCAUGGGGUCUACUCCCGGGAGGAGGAGCUCCUGCGGGAGCGGAAGCGCUUGGGCGUCUUUGGUAUCACCUCCUACGACUUCCACAGCGAGAGCGGCCUCUUCCUCUUCCAGGCCAGCAACAGCCUCUUCCACUGUCGAGAUGGGGGCAAAAAUGGCUUUAUGGUGUCCCCCAUGAAGCCGCUGGAAAUCAAGACCCAGUGCUCUGGGCCCCGCAUGGACCCCAAGAUCUGCCCCGCAGACCCCACCUUCUUCUCCUUCAUCAACCACAGUGACCUCUGGGUGGCCAACAUUGAGACGGGCGAGGAGCACAGGCUGACAUACUGCCACCAAGGCUUGUCCAACGUCCUUGAGGACCCCAAGUCUGCAGGUGUGGCCACCUUUGUCAUCCAGGAAGAGUUUGACCGCUUCACUGGCUACUGGUGGUGCCCCACGGCCUCCUGCGAGGGUCCAGAAGGUGUCAAGACGCUGCGGAUCCUGUACGAGGAAGUGGACGAGUCUGAGGUGGAGGUCAUACACGUCCCUUCUCCCGCCUUGGAGGAGAGGAAGACAGACUCGUACCGAUACCCGCGGACAGGCAGCAAGAACCCCAAGAUUGCCUUGAAACUGGCCGAGUUCCAGACUGACAGCCAGGGCAAGAUCGUCUCCAGCCAGGAGAAGGAGCUGGUGCAGCCCUUCAGCGUGCUCUUCCCACGGGUGGAGUACAUCGCCAGGGCCGGCUGGACCCAGGAUGGAAAGUACGCCUGGGCCAUGUUCCUGGACCGGCCCCAGCAGCGGCUACAGCUCGUGCUCCUGCCCCCGGCCCUGUUCAUCCCCGUGACAGACAGCGAGGAGCAGCGGCACGCCUUUGCCAGGGCCGUGCCCAGCUCCGUCCAGCCCUACGUCAUCUACGAGGAGGUCACCGACGUGUGGAUCAACGUGCACGACAUCUUCUACCCCUUCCCCCAGCGGGACGGGGGCGACCGGCUGUGCUUCCUCCGCACCAACGAGUGUAAGACGGGCUUCUGCCACUUGUACAAGGUCACCGUCACGCUCACGCCCAGCGGCUACGACUGGACCCAGCCGCUGCACCCCAGGGAAGACGAGUUCAAGUGCCCCAUCGAGGAGGAGGUGGCGCUGACCAGCGGCGAGUGGGAGGUGCUGGCCCGGCACGGCUCCAAGAUCUGGGUGAACGAGGAGACGAAGCUUGUGUACUUCCAAGGCACGAAGGACACGCCCCUGGAGCAGCACCUCUAUGUGGUCAGCUACGAGGAGGCCGGCGAGAUCGUGCGUCUGACCACGCCUGGCUUCUCCCACAGCUGCUCCAUGAGCCAGAACUUCGACAUGUUCAUCAGUCACUACAGCAGUGUGAGCACGCCGCCUUGCGUGCACGUGUACAAGCUGAGCGGCCCUGACAGCGACCCCCUGCACAAGCAGCCCCGCUUCUGGGCCAGCAUGAUGGAGGCAGCCAGCUGCCCACCUGACUAUGUGCCCCCCGAAAUCUUCCACUUCCACACGCAGUCGGCCGUGCGGCUCUACGGCAUGGUGUACAAGCCGCACUCAGUGCAUCCAGGCAGGAAGCACCCCACAGUCCUCUUCGUGUAUGGGGGACCCCAGGUCCAGCUGGUCAACAACUCCUUCAAGGGGAUUAAGUACCUCCGGCUCAGCACGCUGGCCUCGCUGGGUUACGCCGUGGUGGUCAUCGACGGCCGUGGCUCCUGCCAGCGCGGGCUGCGCUUCGAGGGCGCCCUGAAGAACCAGAUGGGCCAGGUGGAGAUCGAGGACCAGGUGGAGGGGCUGCACUUCGUGGCCGAGAAGUACGGCUUCAUCGACCUGGGCCGCGUGGCCAUCCACGGCUGGUCGUACGGUGGCUUCCUCUCGCUCAUGGGGCUCAUUCACAAGCCGCAGGUGUUCAAGGUGGCCAUAGCAGGCGCCCCAGUCACCGUCUGGAUGGCCUACGACACGGGGUACACGGAGCGCUACAUGGACGUCCCGGAGAACAACCAGCUGGGCUAUGAGGCGGGCUCCGUGGCCCUGCACGUGGAGAAGCUGCCCAACGAGCCCAACCGCCUGCUCAUUCUGCACGGCUUCCUGGAUGAGAACGUGCACUUUUUCCACACCAACUUCCUCGUCUCCCAGCUGAUCCGAGCAGGAAAACCUUACCAGCUCCAGAUCUACCCCAACGAGAGACACAGCAUCCGCUGCCCGGAGUCUGGGGAACACUACGAAGUCACGCUCCUGCACUUUCUCCAGGAACACCUCUGAGCCCCCGCCGCCAGCGGGGACGCCGCCAGAGCACAAGGGGCUCCCCCCGCCACCGCACAGCCGCCGCCCGAGCGCUGGCCACCCUGAUGCCUUUUAGGGCUGGUGUUUCUUUCAGUGCCCUUGGAGUUGGGGCCCACCAGGACAGAAGGGCCAGGGGCGGGCUGGGAGCUGGCCCCCUGCUCUCUCCUGUCCAGGGGCGAGGCGCCCCGACUCCACUGGCCACCGCCUCCCCCGCCGCCCCACUUCCCGUUUGGUCUCGGGGUGCAUUUCAUGGCUGUAACCGAGAAGGCCGGGGUAACUCAAAAUCAGAAGCAGGGUCACUGCCUGGGGCGUGGUUCAGAGUGCUGGGGGGGUGGCGCCCCGCAGGCCUCGAGCCUCGGGCAUUAUUGAAGCCGGGCAAACCCCCCACCCCGUUUUCUCCCCGGCCCGGCCUUCCGCACAAACGGGAGCCGGGUGAGGACGGGGUCCAGCGUGGACACAGCACCCCCUCAGGGUCUUCCUCUCCCCCUCCCCCUCCCGACCCUCCCUUGCAGCAGAGAACUCUGCCAGGGGCGGCCAGAGAAAGCAAAAGCAAAAAAGAAAAAAAAAAGAAACGAAAACGAACCACCUCUACAUAUUACGGAAAGAAAAUAUUUUUGUCGAUCCUUAUUUUAUAAUUAUGCGUGGAAGUAGACUCAUUAAAGGGUCCAGAUGGUAGCCUGGC